GGGAAAGGCUUGCUUAAACAUGGACGUUAUCUCUUAGAUAAUCUCGCACAUCUAGGGCAUCAUCGAGAAGAUCGUUCACCUCAAAAUACCAACAUGGAUCUGCAAAGUUUGCAAGCUGAUACUGAGUAUCGUAUAACGGUAGUUAAAUCGUCUACUUCACUAGAAUAUGGAGGUAGAUAUACUGCAUUACCAAUCUGGGAGGAAAUGAAGAGGCUACUUAAUACUUGGUUUGGUUCACUAUUCCUUCUUCACACCUUAUCCCUUCUUAAUAAUGGAACUCUUCCCUUCUUAUCUGGAGUCUUAUCUCGUGAUACACUUCAUUCUUCUUCUUUACUAAGAGGCGAUGGUUGUCUUCGUCUCAAUGGGGUUGACGCCCACUUUAGAACUUGUAUGAAGGACAAGCACUUUGUGUGCCAUAUGGCAAGGUUAAAUUCCAUUGGAAUAGUAGGAGCUCCGCCUUAUUGUUCAAGUUUUACAAGCGAGCGAAUAGGCUUCUAUGUCGGAGCUUCAACGUCUUGUCGCCCUCCGUCAAUGAAGGGUCGUAUUGGAAUCAAUGGAAUUGGCUCAAGGGAAGACCAUAAGCUAAUAAGAGACCCGCUUAGCUUAAAGGCAGAGCAAGCUACUUCUAAUAGCAAGGAUAAGGAAGUUAAGAGUUUGAUUCAUUUAGAAUCAAACAAUAGGAUUCUUUGGACGAUAGCAGAUGAAAUCAGAGGGCUGGCUUAA